AAUUUCACAGAUUCUCUUCAUUCCCUGUUCAACUGUUAACCAUGAAAGUUUAACUCUAAAGACUAUUGUUACUGUUAAUGUUUGUGUAAAGUCUAGAUAUUUAACUGUUACUUGUUUUAAAAAUUUAUUGUUAACUCUUUACCUGCCAAUAAUCACAUUUCCUUGUUAAUCAUUAAAUGUUAAUUUGCUGUUAAGUGAAUCUUGUGCUUAAGUUGACGUAAAAAUGACGAAUGAAACAACCGAGAAUCAAAUCAAUCAACAGAUGAAUGAUACAAACAUUGAUAACCUUUUAUUUUCAGAUUUACUCCCAGCCAAUGAGACUGGUUAUGAAGCAACGAGAAGCUUUUUGUUGAAAAUUGUGGACAUUUUACUCGAUUUCAUCAAAGAAUCUUCGGAUCGAUCAACAAAAAUUGUCGACUUUCACCAACCAAAUCAACUGAAGCAACUGUUUGACUUUACAAUUCCAGAGAAUCCAAAGAAUAUUCAACAAAUUUUAAACGAUUGUAAGCAAUGUUUAAAAUAUCAAGUAAAAACAGGGCAUCCACAUUAUUUCAAUCAACUUUCAUGCGGUUUGGAUAUUGUUUCAAUGGCUGGUGAAUGGUUAACAGCAACAGCCAACACCAAUAUGUUUACCUAUGAAAUUGCACCAAUAUUCAUUUUAAUGGAACACUUUGUUCUGGAAAAAAUGCGAAACAUCAUUGGCUUUCCAAAUGGUGAUUCAAUCCUUGCUCCAGGUGGUGCUAUUUCGAAUCUUUAUGCCAUUAUUGUUGCUCGACAUCAAAUGUUUCCCGAGUACAAGACCAAAGGCCUUAAAGCUUUACCUCAGCUGGUUCUGUUUACUUCUGAACAUAGUCAUUAUUCAACUAAAGGAGCAGGCGCUACUUGUGGCUUUGGCACUGAUAAUGUCAUUGAAGUUCCUGUUGAUGCAAAUGGACGAAUGAUUCCAGAGGAAUUGGAAAGGCUUGUUAAAGAGUCUAUCGAAAAGGGUCACCGACCGUUCUUCGUCAACUGUACUUGUGGCACUACUGUUCUUGGAGCGUUUGAUCCCAUUAAUCCGUUAGCAGAUAUUUGUGCCAAGUAUAACAUGUGGUUACACAUUGAUGCUGCUUGGGGUGGAGGAUGUUUGUUAUCACGGAAACAUCGACAUCGUUUGGCUGGUAUUGAGCGAGCUCAGUCAGUCACAUGGAAUCCACACAAGCUCAUGGGAACUCUACUUCAGUGUUCAACGGUUCAUUUUAAGCGAGAUGGUUUGUUAAUUGAAUGCAAUCAAAUGUGUGCCGAUUACCUGUUCCAACAAGACAAACAUUACGACGUUUCAUACGAUACUGGAGACAAAGUUAUUCAAUGUGGACGUCACAAUGACAUCUUCAAGUUGUGGUUAAUGUGGCGAUCCAAAGGUGACACUGGCUAUGAGAAGCACAUUGACCAUCUCUUUGAUAUGACACAUUAUCUAGUGAAAAGAUUGAAAGAAGAAAAGGAUAAAUUCCAUCUUAUCUGGCCGGAACCGGAAUGUGUAAACGUAUGCUUCUGGUAUAUUCCAACACGAUUACGGAAUAAUGAAAAGAACCGUGAAUGGGAACAAGAACUGGGAAGGAUAACUCCACUCUUAAAGGCUCGAAUGAUGAAUGAAGGAACCUUGAUGGUCGGCUAUCAACCUUUAGGUGAUAAACCCAACUUUUUCCGAAACAUAAUCUCCAGUUCUGGAGUAAAGCCAAAAGACGUCGACUUUCUCAUUAGCGAAAUGGAUCGACUGGGCCAUGAUCUUUAAAAGUUUUGAGCUCAACUGAUUAUCGAAAAUGGAUAAAGAACAAAUGGCGAAAAAAAAAUUUCCUUCAUCUUCUACUUAUUAUAGACAUAAUUGUGAUUGGUUAACUUGUUUCAUUUGUUGUCAUUUUUGAUGCUUUAUUGUGAAUGUUGAACAAAUCUUUAACCAUUAACCUGAAUCCUUAUUACCUUGGUCACCUUCAACCUCAAAAGUAUCUCUUAACGAGUUUAAUAAUGAGAAUGAAUGUUUUGUCGUUUUCCCAACUUUCCUCUAUCCUGACUCCCUAUAAUUCCCUGAAUAAUCGUAAAACUAAUCAUGAUAAAAUAACCUUUUUUUCUUCUCUUUUGGCCUUUUCUAUGUGAAUGUGAAAAGGGUGUAAAUCACUGCCCCUUGAGUCUUUCAAUUAAGAAUCCAGUUGAUUAAUAGUAAUGGUCAGUCUUUUGAAGAUCAAUUGACAAUCGACUUUCCAAUUGCUGAAACAAUGCAUUCUUAUGUUACAUAUCAUUUGCAUGGAUCAAGAGUGAAUAUCAAAUUAUAUUUCAAUGUUGACUUUCAACUUCGGUUGAGAAGAAAAAUGUUAAACAGUUGAUUUAUCCAAUCAUUAAAAUUGGAGCUACAUUUGAAAGCCUUAAACAAAAAAACAGAACAUAUUCAGAAUCGAAAAAAUAUCAAUUCGAGUUCCAUUCUAUUUUAUGGAAAAUUCAAACUCGAACUAAGUGUAUUUUAAGCAAUAUUAACAAUCAUUAACCCUUAUUAGCUGUAAAAAUGAUCAUUUCAAACCCUUUUGUGUGACGACAAAAAUCACUCAAAGUCUUCCAAUCGAAGAGGAAAAAACACUCUUUUUCUUGAAAAAUUGUGACUUUCCUUGGCGAUUUUCUUGAAAUGUUGAAUGAAAAUUAUUUUUUGCUGGUUUUGCUCAAAUGUGAUAAUAAUCUGAACUUUCAAUUUCAAUUGACUGAGAAGAAAAGAUAUCAAUUUGAAAUUGAGAAAAGACAAAAAAAAAUGUUCGCUUUCAAACUUUAACUUAAUUGUAAUUUUAAAGUGUUUUAAAGCAGACAAAAGUCAAAUUUUGUUUGCUUAUAAAAUAAUCUCGAAACUCAACUGUCGACUAUAGUGGAAAUGCUUACAGAUAGAAGUGAAUCAAUUCCGUCGCUAUCAACUUUAGAAGCUUGAUAUUUUUCUCAGGUGUAACUAGAUGUCAAUUAUUUUAUUAAUGUUUACCAAAAGGAACAAAUAAUCUGCCAACAAUUAGGAAUUAGAACAUGAACUGAACUCUUUCUCAAGAAACUCUUGGUUCUUGAAAAGUGUUUGGUUGUUGCAGUUGUACAAUCUCAAUGUGUAACAUUUGCUUAGCUUGUAAUGUUACCUCAGGAAAGUUGAAAAAAACGAGAAAAGUUGAAGAGCGAAAAUAAAAGCAUUCUCAGAAUUCUCAAGAUAUUAUCAGUGAAUAUACAUAGAUUAGCAAUGAAUACUGCAUACUAUAAAUUCCCUUGUAAAUACAAUAGAAAUUAAUUGUCUUCUUUGCCCUGAAAAUAUCUUCACUUUGGGCCAAGACGGUCUUGUAAAGAGAAGAGCGAAAACAUUGGAAAUCCUUUUCUUUUCGCAAAAGGCAAAGAAAAAUAUUUAGCAAAUGAUAUUCACCAAUAUUCAGACAAUAUCAGUUUGAAAAAGAUUGAAAAAAAAGUUGAACAUUGUUUUGCUUGGUUAAACAUUCCCUUGCAAUAGCAUAAAAUAUCCUCUUAUCUGUAAAAAAACGAUUCUUUAUCACAAUAACUUUGCUUUAAUAUUUAACCUUCCCUUGCCUUUCACUCCCAGUCAACCAUAAAACUAUGGGAAAUACAGUUGAUAGAAAAGAAGCUGCAAAAUGUAAUAAUAAUAAUAAUAAUAAUGAUAUAAAUUGUAGAGCAUCGAAAAGUAUUGAAUGUUUCUUUUGAUGGAUCGACAUGAGAUGCUAUUGAAAGGACACACUUGCACUUUGAAGACAAUUUGCAUUCUAAGCCACAAUUUAGCUUUUUAAUUAAACGCUUUGGCUUAUUAUUAUUGUUGCACUUGAAGCUUACAAUGAAUUAAUCAGGUCAGGAUAAAGUGUAAUAACAUCUUUGCUGUUGCCAUUUGUGAACAACUGGAGUCACAAGUGUUGAAGCAAUUCAAGCAAAUGGACAGUUUCAUGUGAAAUCAUCUUUCACUUUGUAAUAAUAAUAAUCCUAGAAAUGAUAGAGAUUUUGUCUUCUAAUCUGGUCUUUGAUUAAAGCAGGUUAAAGUUGACGAGGCUCAUUGAGAUGAUCCUUUAACUACCAAAUUCAAAGUGAAAACUCAACUUCUAUCAACGAUAAUCAAUAUAUCAUCAUCACUGUUAUCAGAAUAACCUGUAAUAACAUGAUAAAUGUGGAUAAAAUAUAUAACUUUUAAUCUAUUUUCACUUCUAGACCAAAAUAUUCAUUAAAUGUAAAGAAGAAGAAAAUGAGAAAAUGUUGAAUCUUGCAGAAUUUCAUUUUCCAUGACAUUUCAGGGAAGCAAAUUUUGCAUGAAAAUUGCAACUUUACUUUUAACCAACGAAGUUUACUUUCUUCGCAAACUUGCGCACUUGUCGAGUUUCCAUGCCAAGAAUUUCUGAUUUCUUCAUUUUCUCAUUUUUUUCUUCUCUUGUGCUAACCUUUCCUUGUAAACCUAAAAACCAAGAUUAAACCUCAAUACAUAUCAACAAAUUAUCAACAUUCACAAUGAAGCUUAACGAGCACAAUCAAGCAACAAAUUGUUUCCUCUUUCCCCUGAAUAAAAUGGUAUCAAUCAUGAUGAGAGAGAAAUAGAUUUGACAGCGACCGUAAAAAAGUUAGAACAAAUUGAAAUGCAAAUAAAAUCAUUUCAUGAUUAUCAUUAUCGAAUGCUGAUUGAAUGGUGAAUAUUAUUCAUGUUUGAAAUGUUUCAGAAUUUGUAGGCGUUCUUUUAAAAGAACCUAAAAUGGCUGACUAUCUCCACCCACUGAAAAUUAGAAUUGAAUCUCCGCCUAUAUCAUGUAAGGUUAACUUGCGAUAUGAUAUAAAAGAGUGAAUAUGAUUGCCAUCAUUUCCAGUGUUUAAUGAGACACAAUAUUGUAGACUUGGAUGUUGCUGUUCAUUUGUUGGUGGAUCCAUCUUUAAAUGAAAAUUAAAUUUCAGAUUGGAAUCAUUGAUUGAGGUCGAUUCGCAAACAAUUGGACAAGCGCAUUUCUCCGAAUCAUAAACACACUUUGUAUCACUUUUCAAAUUAAUUUGCUUUUCUCGAUUGUUUUAUUUUUGAAAAUUAUUUGUUUGAUCAUUUGAUUUUGAGUGUCUGAAUGGAGCAAUAAAAUGCAAACGAAUCUUGUA